UUUUGUUUUGAGACAUAGGGUACAACAGAAAGAAAUCAAAGAAAUACAGUAAGAGGAGAUGGAGAAAUAUCUGAUAUCUGUUCUAUAUUGGAUCAUUCUAUUCUCCAUCUCUGUUUUGCCUUUUAUUCAAUCUUUCAACUAUGGAGAAGCACUUUCUAAAAGUAUUCUGUAUUUCGAAGCACAACGUUCUGGUCAUUUACCAUACAAUCAAAGAGUUAAAUGGAGACAUCAUUCCGGCCUUUCUGAUGGUUUAUUAGAAGGGGUGGACUUGGUAGGAGGAUACUAUGAUGCAGGUGACAACAUAAAGUUUGGCCUUCCAAUGGCAUUUACCAUUACAAUGUUGUCUUGGAGUGUUCUGCAGUAUCAAGAACAAGUAGCUGCUGGCGGUGAAUUUCAAAAUGCUCUUGAUGCUAUCAAAUGGGCAACUGAUUACUUCAUCAAAGCACAUCCUGAGCCUAAUGUCCUAUGGGUUCAGGUGGGUGAUGGUGAAUCUGAUCAUAAAUGCUGGCAACGGCCGGAGGAUAUGAGAACUUCCCGACCAGCUUACAAGAUUGACGAGGAACAUCCCGGCUCAGAGGUUGCCGGAGAAACUGCUGCAGCACUGGCAGCAGCAUCAAUUGUCUUUAGGGAAAAUAAUCCAUACUAUUCUCACCUUCUCUUGGAGCAUGCCCAACAGUUGUUUGAGUUUGCUGACAAGUUUAGAGGCAAAUAUGAUGAGAGCAUUGAGGUUGUAAAGGAAUAUUAUGCAUCCACAAGCGGAUACAAGGAUGAAUUGUUGUGGGCAGCUUUGUGGCUCUACAAGGCCACUCAUAAAUUUGAUUAUUUAAAUUAUGCAUUGGGAAAUGGUGAGUCUUUCAAUGGAACUACAUGGGCAAUAAGAGAGUUCAGUUGGGAUCUGAAGUUUGCUGGUGUUCAAGUCCUAGUUGCAAUGUUGCCUAGGGAGAAUAAUGAGGAAUACAACAAAAUUCUUCAAGAAUUUCAUUCAAAUGCAGAGCACUAUAUUUGUGCCCAAUUGAACAGAAACAACAAUAAUGCAAAUGUUCCUCGUACACCAGGUGGGUUAUUGUACAUUAGAGAAUGGAACGCAUUGCAAUAUGUUACAACUGCAAUAUUACUGCUAAUGGUAUACUCUGAUCAUCUCAAAGCCACAAACCAAAACAUGCAAUGCGGGCAAGUUUUAGUGACAGGGGAUGAAAUUUAUGCUUUUGCAAAAAUGCAAGUAGACUAUAUUUUGGGGUCGAAUCCCAUUGGAAUGAGUUACCUGGUUGGAUAUGGUUCAAAAUACCCACAAAGAGUACACCAUAGAGGAGCAUCUAUUGAAGGUCAUGACAAAAACAUUAGAUAUACAGGAUGUAUGGAAGGAUAUAAGAGAUGGUUUAAGACACAAGAUCCAAACCCUAAUGUCCUUGUUGGAGCUAUCAUUGGUGGACCAGAUAAAAAUGACCAAUUCUAUGACCAAAGGUCAAAUUUCGUUCAAUCUGAAGCUUGCACUUAUAACACUGCUCCUCUUGUAGGCGUUUUUGCUAAAUUACAUGUUUUAGAAAAUAAGAAUCUCGUUGAUAAUUUGCCUUUUUUAUGUUCAUCCUAGUUAGUG